AUGGAGCGAUGCCGAGGUACACAGACGCGGAAGAUAGGUAUCCAGAAGCGGGCCAGCUCAGGAUCUGUAGUGAAGGAGAGUACCUUGACGAUGCAGAGCACAAUGUGGAGCCCGACCAUAGCCAUACCCCAGGCGCGGCCCAUGCCGCCGAACACGCAGUUCACGGCAUACGGAAAUAGCAGCUUCAUCUUCAACGGCGGCGAGGACGCUUCUCAUCCUCCGCCGCCGCGGGUGGGGCCAGAGGUGGGCUCAGCAUCGCAACAGGAGCUGAGGGGACGACGACUCGAGAGGAGCGGGGAUCGAGCGAGAGGAGGAGCACCUGCGGCCUCGCCGGAAUCGAUUGAGGGAGCCGCCGGAUCGAGAUCGCAAGCGCGCGCGGAGCUGUGGUCGGAGAUCGAGAUCGGGAUGCGGGAAUCGAAAACUCUGGGGAUCUGA